GUGAUAUCAGGCUCCAGCAGGAUUCGCGCAGUUCUCGAAAGACAAAACAGUCAUUCCCCAGAUUUCCUAUAAGCUUUCCAAAUUCCACGCCUUGUUCCCAUUCCUAUCCUUUUCGCUGACUCCAGACAUGACCCAAACUUUCGAUGCUUCUGAUUACCAGGAAAUGAUCGACGCGAUUUUGAGCGCAGCUGAUCUUGACAAGAUCUCGAUCAAAAGAAUCAGAAACGCAAUCCUGGAACUUUUCGAUGUGGACUUGAUGCCCCAUAAGGAAAAAGUCAAUGAAUUGAUAUUGAAUAGGUACUACAAACUCGCCGAUGAGCGAGCGAACCCGCAGCCCAAUCAGGAAGACCUGGAAAACCAAGACCAUUUGAUGGCCUUGCGGCUUCAAAAAGAAGGACAAAAGCACGAUACUCGCCGCGGGCGGUCCGCCGUUUCGAAGGUGAGUAAACCACGGAAAACUGGUGCACGUACUGCGCCUAACAAUGGUUUCAAUGCAGAUCUCUUGCUUUCCCCUCAGCUACAAGAAGUGAUUGGAAGUGCUCGAAUGAGCCGGCCACAGGUGGUCAAGCAAAUGUGGGUAUACAUUAGGGCUCAUGAUCUCCAGAACGCAUCUGACAAAAGACAAAUUUUGUGUGAUGAAAAGCUCACCAAGAUCUUUAAGAAGAACACCGUGACGAUGUUUGAGAUGAACAAGCUUCUAAGCAAACACUUGUAUAAGGAAGAUGAGUUGACCUCGAAUUGCAGUCUUUCUAUAGCAGGGCUGAUCGAAAACGAGGAAAAGAAGCCCCCGAAAUUAUCCGAAGAAAACAGUCGCUCUCUGUCUCCAGACACAACUGUGAAAAGAGAGAAACAGGCGUGCGAUGACGCCAGCGAAAUUAGUGAAGUUGAAGAUUAAUGCCUUUAGGCCGCCAAAAGACGUCAUUGCUAGCCCAGAUGUGCUUUUGUAGAGCGGGCACGCAAAUGACUGUGGACAAGAAGCAUUGGAGCCCAGAAUGUGCCGGAUCACGUUCGCUCGAGUGAAACGGGAGCUGUUCUUCAUAUAUUGCAUCCUAAUACUGAGACGUAUCUAGCGCUGCUCUCGUUUAAUUACAUAGUCAAAUCCAACGUGCGCGAAUACAGUGGUGGGCAACAUGCAAUCCAGCUUAUGGGGAUGAUUGCGAUUAUGAUCGACUGGGCCUAGUCAGCGGGCCAAUUUCCAACUUCAAUGCGGAAGCAGAGUUUGCGGAUGUCCGGGAGUUUUUCCGUCUUACACUUUUU